AUGGUGAAAACCCUUGAACCAACUACCACCGGACUAGUAGCCCAGCCUGCUACCGAAACCUUCGUUACCAUCUUACCACCGCCGCCUCCACCACCACAUCACAAGGGCGGGUUAUCUCCAACAACGGAACAUCUGUUGAUUGCCGCUGGGUCAAUUGGUGCGACUAUUAUUGUCAUCUUACUCUUCUUCGCCUUCUACAUUAUGAAGAAGCGAGGUCUCACGUCUAGUGACGUUUUCGCGAAAGUGAAGUACCGAAGACGAUCCAAACCAAAAGAGCCUCAAACUGCAGUCCGGAAUUGGACAACACCAGCCUAUGCUUGGGGUCGCACUGAGCCAUUUGACCAGGGCUCAAUGAAGGCUCUGCCAAUCACGCCUCGUCCAAUCAUCAGACGGGCUGGUUCAAACUCUUCCCAGAAUCCCUUCUCGGAUACGCAAAGCUUGGACCGCCACCCCGUUAUGACUAGGCAAACCGGCAUAAACCGCAAUAGGAGCCAAGAGCGAAGUUUCCUCCUCGACUCUUCGCCCCGUCCAUCUCGCUCUAACUCGCAUAACCGCGACAUCAGCGAGACACCCUCAUCUCCUAUUCUCCCCUUCCAGACGCAGCGGCAAAGUGCAUCAACCCACAACACCCGUUCCCUCUCCAAUAUCUCCUCCGAACUCCAGUACCCCGAACCUGCCGCCAUGCCGGCCCCACUGAACGUCCAACCCGCCCCAUCCUUCCGGCAAUUCCUCUUCAAUCGCAGCUACUCCAAUCCAGGCCCUAAGCCAGGCACAGCGCUCGUGCAACCGCAAAUGAUCUCCCGCUUCAGCUGGACUAACAGUCAAGCUCCGCAGACGCCCGCGCCGCCGCAGACUCCCGCGCCGCCGCAGACUCCCGCGCCGCCGCAGACUCCCGCCUCGGCGGCAAGAUCUUCAGCUAUGCCCACACCCACCGGGAGAGUGCCACCUCGCGACAGCGUCGCAACGUUCCGCUCCUCUGUCCCCCGCUUCCGCACUAUCGAUUCGUGGGUCGACCAGCAGGCAUCGCGCGUCGAGGAGCAGCGGCUGCGCGACCAGAUCCGCACCCAAGGCUCCGCUUACGUGGACACCGACGAUGAGGCCGCACAAAUCCCUGAGGUCCCGUUGCUGCCAAAGAAUGUGGCUAAUCUGCGAGCCAGUGUGGGCGUAGGCGGUGGCGUUGGUGGGAAUCGGGGAACGAUGACGAAGCAUCAGCGCCACGAUACCAGCACUACGCUGACGAGCGUGACCACCGCGACGGUGUUUCGGCAGCAUCCUGGGGAGGAGGUGCGGAUGAGCACGCGGAGUCUGGUGCCGAGUGAGAUUCUGAAUGGGAAGAUGAGGACGAGUGUGUUGUAGUGCGUGUGAAAAGCGCCCUAAGCACCUAGAGGACUGCAUGGAGGCUGUGCUGGGAGAGACACUUGGGUCCUAUCAAAACUUUAAGAAGACUACUGAGUAGCUGCUUUGUUGAAAAAUGCAUGCUUGUGGGGUUUGGACGGGCGGGUUGGUAAUUUCAUGAGCGCUGAAUUGUAUUCUACGGACUGUAUAGUACUAGGACAUGAAUCUGCGUACACCUUC